UCUGUGUACGGAGGGGUUAAGGACCCAUCACAUGCUUCAUAUAAGAAAGGAAGACGUAAGAAAAGGCGUAAGAAGAAGGCACGCCAGUCGCCUGAGCCAACCCUACUGUUUGAAGCGAUAAUUCCAUUGAUCCAGAGAUAAUUCCAGACAAGGAGUUUGGGAGCAGGAGAAGUAGCUAACCGCACGCCCCACGACCGCACCCGUUUUCUGUGACCGCACAGCACUCAGUAUUACAUGGAGGACACUGGAUUCCAAGCACAUCUAAGAGGAGUGGUAUGGGUAAUCAAAAUUUUAAAAUAAUUUCAACGUCAACCACCCGAAUCCAGCAUAGGUACGGGUUUUUCAGUAGACAAAUUAGGCCAUGUUAUGACAUGUGCUCAUUUGUUUAGUAAACAGGCUAGUACACAGCAUAUUUUGUUGCGUAAAAUAAACGAAAAUGGGUUGUGGCAUGAAGGUGUAAUUGUGUAUCAAAAACCGAGUCUAGAGCUAGUUUUGCUAAAAGUGCAAGGCAUAGAAAAUUGUGAUUCCGUAAACUUUUGUGCUGAUGGAUCUAUAUCUGCUGGGGAGCCUCUUUUCCACAUGGGAAAUCCACAGAACUUUGUCGGCACAUUCGCUACCGGUCACUGCCUUUUUCCGUGCAAGAAUGUUGUUGUCCCCAGUGUUAGACUUACUUGUGCUGAGUAUGAAUCACAAGCAUUAGCCCGAACACCGGAGUAUAGGAUCAUGGGAGACAUAUGGAAUAUGGAAAGCUUCCCUUCAGGAAAAAAAUUUGCUUAUGAAAAAGAGUUGAACCCAUUAAUUCCAAUCAUUCAGAUGAGUGGACUGGUUGGGGGAGGGGGUAGCUCAGGAGGCCCGGUUUUCAACACGAACCAAGAGCUUGUUGGCAUGUUGGUGAUGGGGGCAGAUGGCUUCGAAAUUGCCAUUCAUGUUUCUAUGCUAAAGCAGUUCUUGAAAGAUGCCGCUGAAAACAGUAAGAUAGGCCACGAUGAUGAAGCUGGUAGCUCCAAGAAACCCAAAACAGGUAGCUCCAAGAAACUACAAAGAUGGGGGCACAACAUUUAAAGGUAUUGAGAGUCGGCGGAUUGAUGUUGAAACUUGAAAGACAAGGAAGCUUUUGGAUAAAAAAAAUGGAACCUUGUGUGGUUAAUUUAGAUUUUAGAGCAAAUUGUUAUUUUAAACUUGAAAGUAUUAAUAUGUAGUAGUCUAAGUUUUAUGUUCUGUCAAAAGAUUCAGUAGUAUUAUUACUUGAUCGACUGAUAGUGUAUUCCUUUGUUCAUUAUGUUUGAUCGACUGAUCGACUGAUGUGAACAACAAAGUUCACAGUUC